AGAAGGAACGGUCAGUAGGAAGAAGUUAUAUAUUAAACAUUUAGGAAGUGUAAUACGACCUUAAAAGAUCAUUUUCAGCGACUAACGAGCUUACAGACUCGUAUUCGUUAGUCGUAUGUCACGUAGUAGGGUGUUUGUUUAGCUCGAUGAGUGAUAAAUACAAUGUUUAUCGCGUCUCAGCUCGUAAACCAUCGUGUGAUAUGAACGUGUAAUGACAUUACGGUAAACAACAAAAUGAUUUGUGCACUGGGGAGAUGCUUCUACAAGAGAGAUGCAGUGAGGGCUUUGAGUACGGGCGAAGUCUCCACCGCACUUCGACCGUUUUAUUUUACAGUUCACCCUGAUCUUUUUGGACAAUAUCCUACUCAAAGAACGGUAAAUGAAAAUUCCUUGAAACAAUUAAGCUCAAUCAUAGAAAAUUUACAACAACAAAGACCCGUAAGGCCUACCACUUUGCCAUUUUAUUUACGCUCUAAAGAUGAAAAAGAAGUCAAGGCUGGUAAAUUCACUCUCGUAAAAAUACAGUUAAAAGAGAAAGAUCUGAGGCAAACUAUACUCUCUAUUUUGAAAACGUGCGAUCUGCCAACUACGUUUGUAGAUAAAAUUGAAGAACCAAAGCCAUCAGAAUCUACAAAAUAUAGAUCGAAAUUCUGGCAAAGAACAGGAACAGCAGGGGAAAACAUAGAUUUUUCAGAUUUAGAAGAUGAUCCUAUUUAUGCGUCUAUUAUAAUGAAAAGAAAAAUUAAUUUAGAACCAGAUACUCUUAAGGCAUAUUUAGAGAAACAUAUUAACGAAGUACAUGUGAAGUUGGAAGCAUGUAGGCCAAUUCGAGAGGAAGUACAAAAACUAGAAAACGUAUUAUGCUCAGAAUUAGGUUUAAAAAAUAUUACAUGGGAUUGUGGAUGGAAUAUAGCUCAUUAUAGAGGCUGUUUACUAGCUUUCAAGGCGUUAGUUGAACAUCAUCCCAAACCAAUGGAAGUAUUAAAAAAUAGAACGUUAGUAUUUGCCAAUGAUACAGGCAUUAGUCUAGAGGGAAGUGUUAUGUUGAAUUCAGGCGAAGUCAGAAACAAUUGGCUCGAUCUAAUCAAAAACGUUCAAAAGCAUGAUGUUGUACUGUUGAGAUUACCAGCUUUCGAAAAGGCAGUUUCACAAGUACUUCUUGACAUAAAAGUUGGUCGACGGGUACUCUUUAUGUGCAGGAAAUUCAUGCCAAAGGUAAUGGUUAGCCAGUACGAGCACCAACUAAGGCAGUUUACUACGACCCUCUCGGAUUACCGAGGAAGACGAAGCUAUCCAAAAGUGUGGCCAGCCAGUUUAUCUACUUAUGAAAUUGUAAUCGAAGCUGAAGCUGGCCCCUUAAUGCUCUCUCCUACUGGACAGUUUAUAGUUCCAUCUUCGUGUCCAAGUUUUCUUUUGGUAAAUUUUAUUACUGAAAAUUUAGAAGAAGCCACUAAAAGAUUACAUCACUAUAAUAACGUAAAACAUAUAGAACACGAACUUCAUGAUAAAGCUGUUCAAGCAUUGGGUUUGACUACCCUCAAUAAGGACGAUAGUAUUACUCCAGAUCUGAUGAUACAAUGCUGCGAACGUUUACUAUUGCACAAACGUGUUUUAGCUCCCCUGCUAGAAGGUGUCAUGCUAUGGGUGACACACUAUUAUUCAGUUAUGAGCGACGGCGUUUUAUGUAUACCUUGGGAUUGGAAACUUUAAGUUCCCAUGUAAAGAAUUCUCAAUGCGUUUGUAUUAUUCUUUAUCUUUAUAUUAGAAUAACUGUAUUGAACAAGUGUACAAAUUAUAACUAAUGAAUAAUGUACAGAUUAUAUGAUAAAUAAGUAAUACAUACUAUUUUUCUGAGCAGUUUAAAUAUAAAAAAAAAAUAGUAAAUAGUGCAAAGUAAAAUGACUAUAGAUAGUUCUUAAUAAUAAAGAAAAGAACAAUGUAUCUUAGAUGAUAUAUUUGCAUGUUAUCAUUCUUGUACAAUUAAUCUUGACGUAUUCCAUAUCAGUUUUAAAUCAAAAUGAAUAACAUAGAUGUCCAUAAGUAAUUUGUAAAACUGCAAUCAAUCAAAACAAGAAAAACAUAAAUGGUUUUUUACUCGUUGCCAUCGCUAGAUGUAUAAAGUUGUAACUUCGAUUGUAAAUAAGAUCAGCAAAUAAAUUUUCUUAUAAUAAAGAACAAAGUACUUCUUCGGAGA